AUGUCCAUUGACAAGAAUUUGCAUGAGGAAACAACAUCUUCCUCGUCGUCAUUCGAACAAGCCAACCACUCAAACCUAUCAAAAAACAUCAGCACAGGUACUUCUUCUCUCAUCACUACCUCUCACGUUCGUCUUCCAUCUCCUCCUCCUUCUCUCUCUCUGGCCAAUUCUUCAACUCCUAUUUUUGGUGCUCUCCAAAAAGCUGCUACUCUUGCCCACACAACAACUGCACCACUGCUUUCUGAAUCAACGAUAGUACAGCCCUCGAGCUCAGCCAUGAUUAUUCCUUCAAAUUCUGUGCUGUUGCAAAAACGACUUGAAUUUUUGGCUCCUUCCGAUGAUCAGAGUAUCAGUAGCGAUGACGACGAUGAGGAGAAACAAGAAUUGACAAGUGGCAGCAUCUCUGCCUCCACUCUAAAACAAGAACCUUCCGAGAAAUGUACUUAUUCUGGUGAUCAUCAUGAGAAUACCAUGACGACCGCCAAUAGAAGCAAACGUUCUGAUUCAUUCCUCUCAUGGUUCAGUUGGCUGUCAUGGUCUACCACCAAUUCAAACCAAGAAACAAACUCUUCGAAUGGUCACGAUGGUAAUUCAAGUUCCAAAUUUCCUUCUGGGAGUAGUGAGACCAACAACAGCAUUUCAGCUCCUUUUGCAUUCGAACAUCGAAUUCAUAUUGAUAAGGAUCCUUCAUCGAAUGACACUUGUUUUCUUCAUUCUUCUUCAUCAACAACAAAUACGAAUUCACUCAUUACUGAUAUUUCUCUCACUGUAUUUGAACAACGAGAACGUAUUCGUCAAUUAGAACGUGAGAAUGAACUCAAGAAUGAAUACAUUCACGAAUUGGAAAAGAAAAUUCGAGAAAUGCAUGAAAAAAAACUUCGUUCACGUGAAAAGUAUCACAAAUUGAAAGACAAGUAUGAAAAGUUGAGAGAUUUUGCAUUUGGAGGAAGUGUGGCUUCUGAAACUUCUACAAACAGUGUGAGUCCACCUACAUUAUCUUAUUUGACAUCGAGGACGAUAACUAUGAAUCCAAAAAGUCAUAAUGGAGGUGUUUCAUCCACACCAGAAUUGGAUGCAUUAUUAGAGAAGAUGCAAUUUCAAGAGGAUUGA